AUGAGUCACAGGCAGAGUUCUUCUCUCUUCCUCGGGGGACUGGCGAAAGGCAGCAUGACGGAGCUGCACCAGGCGGCAGCGGCAGGCAAUUGUGAUUCCGUGGACCAGGUCCUCAGGAAAGGGCAGUGUGACCUGAACAGUAAAGACGCAGACUGGAAUGACAGGACGCCCCUGCACUGGGCAGCGAUCAGAGGAUCAUCGAGGAUAGUGAAACGACUCGUGGAGCACGGGGCCCGUCCCUGCUUGAGAACAGACGCAGGGUGGACCCCUGCUCAUUUUGCGGCUGAGUCGGGGAGGCUGGGGGUGCUGAGGACACUGCACUCUUUGCAUGCUCCUGUGGACACCGCCGAUCUGUACGGGGAUACGCCAAAGCGGAUGGCGGAGAUCUACGGUCACAAAGAUUGCAUCAAGUUCUUAGAAACGGCUGAAGUAGAGUGCCGGGAGUAUCGCCGGGAAGCAAAAUCAAAGGGAAUUCAAUUGGAUGAGACUGACGAAGAGUGGGAGCUGAAGAAGGACGAACUUUUGAAAAGUAAACCUCCCACUCCGAAGAAACCUGCAAAAAUGCGCGUAAGAAAAGACGACCGUUCAAUUCCGUAG